AUGGCCGCCUACGCCAACACCAACACCAACACCAACACCAAAAUGCCCCAACAACAGCGGCAGUCUGCCCUGGGCAACGUGCCCAGGGUGGUCAUUCGGCCGGUAUGGGACAACAUGGUCGCCGUGUCGUAUCUGCCCAAGGGCAUCGUCUUCUUCGCCAGACACCCGUACCUCUAUCCGAUGCUCAAGACCCGUCUCCUGCCCGCCUUCCUGCUCAGCGCCUUUGUUCUGCUGAACCUGUUCGUCUGGACCUUCCUGCCGCAGGUCGCGUUCCUGUCGAUAUUCCACAAGGGUGGCAGUGCUUGGGUGAACGGCACCUUCCUCGUCCUGGGAGAAGGCGCCGCUGCAGUGGCUCUUCUGUUCGAGGCUUUCUUGGUGGACGAGACGCAGGUGGACAUUUUCGAUGCCGUUAUGAUUCACAAGGGAUACGAGCAUCUUGUCCGACAGCAUCGCCCCGUCUCGGACGAGCAAUUGAACGACCCUGUGCGCCGCCUUGGAAGGCCGACAAAGACCUCAGUCUACGCGCCCUUCUCCUUCCGCCAGAUUGCCGAAUUCGUCAUACUGCUGCCGCUCAACUUUGUUCCCUAUGUAGGCGUGCCGUUGUUCCUACUUCUCACCGGCUACCGCGCCGGUCCUCUUCAGCAUUGGCGGUACUUUCAGCUUCUGGGCUUCGAUCGCAAGCAGAGAGACAAGUUUGUGAGCAAGCAAAGGUGGCAGUACACCUGGUACGGCACGGUUUACCUAUUCUUACAGCUGGUACCGCCAUUCAGCAUGUUGUUUCUCUUGACAGCUGCUGCCAGCUCUGCUCUGUGGGCAGCCGAUCUAGAGACGGCUCGACGAGAACACGAGGAGAGGAUCAUUGCUCCUCAGUACAGCGACGAGCCAGAUGCUGUAGUGUGA